UAAGACCUUUUAUUUGAACUUUGAACAUUUCUUUAUGGUCCCAUCAUCUGGUGAUUGGUUUCUUUUUUUUUUUCCUUUUCGGUUGGAUUUCGAGUCUUCGUGUUCUAUUUAAUUUCUAGUUAGCUGUCAGCUUCUUGCGGGGCACGCAUAUUGCAUCUCUCGUGCCUGGUUUUUAAUCUCACUUGUUUGCUUGGCCUUGUGUUAUUUAUUAUUGAGUGUUACUAUCAAAUUACAGAAAAUAUUUCAUUUGAUGGUUGUGUCUAAGUUUUCAUGGUAUUCUGGGAUGGAUGUGGGAAACCGUACGCAAGCAGGUUGGCUAAAGAUCGUUUAUGUAGUGUUUGCCUUCUGUUCUGCUCUCUGUCUUGGUGCUCUAAAAGGUUUACUUGUUGGACCUAUUGCUGGUUUGGUAAUGAUAAUUGGAAAUGUUGGGGUCAUCCUGGGAUUGUUACCUGCACAUAUUGCCUGGACCGUGUACACAAUUAUAAGGGUUGGUAAUUGCAGGACUAAUAGAUUCGAUGCACCCCUUAAAGUUGCUAUAUUGAUUGCUUUGCCUGCGUUAUUUGGUAUAUGGCUGGCUUUAAGCAUAGCCGGUAGUGUUCUUCUAGGAAUUGGCUAUGGCUUCUUGACUCCCUGGGUUUCAGCGUUUGAAGCCUUCAGACAUGGGGAUAAGUCCAAGAGAUUCUUUCACUGUGUGGUGGAUGGAACAUGGGAAACCGUGGAAGGAAGUUGCACUGUGGUUAGAGAUUUUGCAGAUUUAUGUUUUCAUUCAUACCCGCUCUACUUGAAGGAGCUUCGUGAAUCCCCUGUUUCAAAUGAGCUCCAAACUCUGCGGUUAAUUCUUGUGCCAGGACUUAUAGUUGUUGGAUUGUUGGGACUAGUCGUGGAUAUUCCCUUUUAUACCAUAAUUGCUGUGGUAAAGAGUCCAUACAUGUUAUUCAAGGGAUGGUUUCGAUUGACGCAUGAUCUAAUUAGCAGAGAAGGGCCAUUUCUCGAAACAGUUUGCAUCCCCAUUGCUGGUUUGACAAUCCUUUUCUGGCCAAUUGUUGUCAUUGGGAGCAUAUUAGUUGCUAUUUUUUCAAGUUUCUUCAUUGGAUUGUAUGGAUCUGUCAUCGUGUAUCAGGAAAGAUCAUUCCAGAGAGGGGUUGCUUAUGUGAUUGCAAUGAUUGCUGAAUUUGAUGAGUACACAAAUGAUUGGCUCUAUCUCAGAGAGGGGACAAUCUUCCCAAAGCCCCGUUAUCGCAAGAAAAGUGGUUCUGAACUUGAGUAUUCUGUUGGGGGACUUGGUGGCAAAUUCAGUUCUGCUUCUGGUGAAGCUCCUGCAAUGCUCAUGCCAAGCUUGGUUCAUUCGGUAUCAGUUAGAGAGGCAAUACAAGAGGUGAAAAUGGUUCAGAUUUGGACGAAUAUUAUGAAAUCUUGUGAGAUUAAAGGCAAGGAGCUACUGGAUGCCGAUGUAAUAACUCCGGUGGAUCUUGGUGAAUGGUUGAAGGCAAAGAAUGGAAAUGAAGCAGUGAUCAUAGGUGUUGGCCUGCCAUGUUAUUGCUUCUUGCAUACUCUCCUCAACUCCAUCCGAUCCGGUUCUAAUGGUUUGCUAAUGCUUGAUGAUGUUGAAAUAAACCAUCUGAAUAGGCCAAAAGACAAACUGUUAGACUGGUUCUUUAACCCAAUAAUGGUCCUGAAGGAACAGAUCAGGGUCAUAAAGCUGGGAGACAAUGAAGUUAGGCUGCUGGAAAAGUUGCUUCUUUUUGGGAGCAAUACAGAACGGAUGGAUGGUUGGGAUAACGGCAGUUCAGUGCCUCAAGAUUCUCUCAGAGCUGCCCAAAUUGAGGGCAUAAGUAGGAGGAUGGUUGGAAUGGUGAGAAGUGUAUCGAAGUUGCCAACUUACAGAAGGAGAUUUCGUCAAGUUGUGAAGGAUUUAGUUGCACAUGCUUCAGAGAAGCAGGGCAUAGCUAGAUGCAACUCUAUGGUAUCAACUUCCUGCCGUGAAGAAGUAUAGCGUGAAAUUAUAGAAAGCUGCAUAUGUAAUUUAUACAGAGGUGUAGGCAAUAAAAACCUGCUAUGUUUAGAUACUGUUUUUCAUUAAAUUUAAACCAAAAAAAAAAAGAGGUUUCAGGGCUUGAGUAAGGAUCAGAUUAGGCCCAGCAGAUUUUAAUGGAAUUGGUCUUUUAAG